AUGGUUGAUGGUUGUCCACUGUCUUCAGCAGAGCAAGAAACCUGGCAGUUCGAUAGUAGGGUCAUAUAUGAGGUGUUUGUUGUUUACAUCAGAGACUGCCCAUUGCACCUACCAGGUGUCUUCUGGGUUGAAGCUGGACAACAGAAGAGCUUCUCCAGCUGUCCAGAAUGGUUGGCAGGACUUAAGGCAAGUGUGAGGCGAGUGAAUGAGGUGGUCAUGGAGCGGGAGCUCCUGCUUUUAUCAGAUCGAAGUAAUGAGCUGAGAUACAUUAAACUGCAUUACCAGUCAGCAGUGGAAGAAUACAAUCUCACGGUAGAGAGAAUUGUUGACAAGAGGAAAAACAAGAAGGGAAAAAUAGAAUAUUUGGUGCGAUGGAAAGGAUAUGAGAGUGAAGAUGACACCUGGGAACCUGAACAGCACCUUGUAAAUUGUGAGGAAUAUAUACAUGAAUUUAAUAGGCGUCACAAUGAAAAGCAAAAAGAAAGCACGUUAACCCGGACAAACAGGACCUCUCCAAAUAAUGCCAGAAAACAAAUUUCUAGAUCUACCAAUAGCUCUUUUUCAAAGACGUCACCUAAAUCUUUAGUGAUUGGCAAAGACCAGGAGUCAAAAAAUAAUCAAUUGUUUACUGCCACCCAGAAGUUCCGGAAAAACAAUUCACCAUCUCUUUCUGGCAGGAAAAAUAUGGACCUUGCAAAAUCAGGUAUUAAAAUCCUUGUUCCCAAAAGUCCUAUUAAAAGCAGGACAGCAGUUGAUGACUUUCAGAAUGAAAGCCCUGAUAAAUUGGACCACAUAGAACAGGAUCAAGAAGACUCUGUAGCACCAGAAGUAGCAGCAGAAAAACCGAUGGGAGCUUUAUUAGGACCUGGUGCAGAGCGUGCUAGGAUGGGGAGCCGGCCAAGAAUACAUCCAUUAGUGCCACAGCUGCCAGUGCCAGUAACAGCCACAAUUGCAUCAGCAUUAACAAUAAAUGGAAAAG